AUGGGCAAACCAAAAUACAUUUUACUUGUCAGACAUGGAGAGUCUGAAGGAAAUCUCGAUAAAACCGUCAACUCCGUCACAGCCAACCAUCUCAUCCCUUUAACAUCCACUGGUCAUAAACAAGCUCAAGAUGCUGGGAAAGUUCUAAGACAAUUCCUUAACCAAGAUAUUCUUCAAUGUAGCAAAGGCCAAAAGAAACAAUCGAUCCUUUUUUACACAUCGCCAUAUAAACGAGCUCGUCAAACAUGUGACAAUAUUAUUGAUGGGAUCAAAGAUGUUGAUGGGGUUGAGUAUAGCGUUAAGGAAGAACCUCGAAUGAGAGAACAAGAUUUUGGGAACUUUCAAAGUACUACGGAGGAAAUGGAAAAGAUUUGGGAAGAGAGAGCCCACUAUGGACAUUUCUUCUUCAGAAUUCCCCAUGGGGAAAGUGCAGCCGAUGUGUACGAUAGAAUUUCAAGUUUUAAUGAGAGUUUAUUCCGACAAUUUCAAAAUCCUGACUUCCCUAAUAUCUUAGUAUUAGUAACUCAUGGUAUAUGGGCCAGGGUAUUUCUUAUGAAAUGGUUUCGAUGGACUUAUGAAGAAUUUGAGACCCUUAGAAAUAUUCCUCAUUGUCAUUUCCUUAUCAUGAAACGUGAUGAUAAGCAGUAUACGUUAAAGACUCCCUUAAAAACUUGGGACGAUUUUGAUGAUGAUGAGAUUGAGAAUAAUAAGGAUAUUGAUAAGGAGAUAAGGGAUGAGAUAAAUUUUAACUCCGCUUUCCAAUUGAAAUCGAAUUUGAAUGAUUUGGAUAUUCAAAGUAUUAUCCAAGCACAGAAAAAGGCUAUUAAGAACACGAAGAAGGAUUCUUUGAUCAAGAAAGCUUUUGAGAAGGUGAAAGGAGAUAAGUUUGAGUAUGGAAAUCAGAGUCAGAUCAAUAGUAGUGAGUCUUUGGGUAAAUAG